AUGGAGUACACUCUGUGCAGCUCUGUUUCUGAAGAUUCUUCACGGCAGGGAUCGGGUCAGGCAUUCUCAUUCUGCUGCUGUACCUUUCAAACAGCUGCCCUAGAUCGAGGCCUAGUCAGCCUCUUAGUAAAUGCACCUCUGGAUAGAACUGCGUUGGUAAAUACUCGAGUGGGAAGGACUCGAGCCUCCGGCUGUCAGACAUGGACAGCUGCAAAUAUUACUAAAAAUAGCCAGUGACCGGUUCUCUAAAGAUAUUUACUAUAAAAUAAAAUGUUAUUUUUUGCCAACAGAUAUGUUCUGUAUGGAACCAGCAGACCAUUUAACAAUAUCAGAAUCUGAGGUGGACAGAGAUCUUGAUCCCCAGUGGGAGAUAUCACACCGUGAAACUGGGCGAAAUACAGAACCACCGGAGGAUGAAGUGGAGAACCUGGUGGCGUGGGCGAAUACACUCAAGGUGGAAUUCUUAGAAGAGUGACAUUUUUGAAAAGAAAUGAAGACUAUUGAAAUAGUGCAAUCUCAGCUGUGAACUGAUUUGUUAACCAUGUCUGAAUGGAACUCAGAGCUCCUCUGGGGAGAUGGAAGAAAUUUCAAAUAUAAUACCCAGGAGAGACUGGAAGAUUCUGCCCAUUACAGACCUACAGCUGUUUUUUUCAGUGUAUACCCAUUAGUUAGCGCUCGUUUGGCACCAACUUUCACUAAAAUGUUAAUUGUUGUCAUUUUAAGGUGAAUUAGAAAUGAAUUUUAAAUUAUUGACCAAAAAACAAACUGGAAGAAUGCUCCUCGUCAGAUAUUAUUAAUAUUGUUAAUAUUAUCGCCAUUUAUAUAGCGCCAACAGAUUCCGUAGCUUUAUUAUGAGAGGGGGACUUAACUAUAAAUAGGACAAUUACAAGAAAACUUACAGAAACGAUAGGUUGAAGAGGACCCUGCUCAAACGAGCUUACAGUCUAUAGGAAGUGGGGUAUAAAACACAUUAGGACAGGAAAUUGCAAUCAAAUAAGGUGGGAGUGAAGCAGAGCUGGAGAGAGUAGAGUGUUACCCUUUAAGAGAGAGCAAGAGGUAGAGGUUAGUUUGGGAGGCCAUAAGCUUUCCUAAAGAGAUGGGUUUAAGGCACUUCUUAAAGAUAUGAUCUCAGUUUGACUAUAUUGGGCUAAAGUGUGAAAUUCGCUGUUAAUUCCCUUUGAAUUCCUGACACGUCACACUUUAGGAAAUAACUCUGUCGUAUCAUAGGAUUGCCGGACCCCCCAUGUUUUCCUAGAAACACGCUGCUUUUAUAGAAUGACAGGCAGCAUAUGAAAAGUUCAUCCCCAUAGUAUGUAGAAUUCAUAGGUCGCAGAAAAUCCAAACUAAACUUCAUUAUUUGAUUUCCUUUCUGCAGAAAAUAAAUGCUACAUAUUAAAUGGUUACUUGCAACUGCACAACCACUCCAGUGAUUUGAAGUAGUCAUGGUGGUAGGAAUCUGCAAAAUGCUGCAUGUGCAGAGAAAUCUACUCUUUUGUUCCGGCAGCUAGAUACACCCACGGCACACAUGAGUUUGGCAGCCCAGAAUUCUGUUCCGGACAGCCUAAUGUCAAUUCUGUGCGAAAAAUACAUGUGUUGUCAGUGCGAACAGCACGUUGGUAAUGGACAUAUUGAGUUUCUCCACUACAGGCACAGUACUGCAAGGGUGAACAUUUUUCUCUUUUCCUCUCUCCCUGCGUAAAGGCUUCUCCACUUCCCUGGCCCCUGAAUAUUGCUAAGUAUUGCUCCCACUUUCUGACCCCAAGCCGUGUCAGAUUUCACACGUGCCCUCUGAGCCGGGGAUAACGAUCCAAUCACAGACUAUGAAGAGGCAUGGAUUGCAGCAUCGGGAGCUUCACCCGGCGCUGGAUUCCGGGUAAGUGCAGGUUUUACGGCAAAAUGUCAGAGAGAGGAACCUAAUUAAUAAUGCCCAAAAUGGCAUUUAAGAUGGUAAAAGCACCCCCCCCCCCAAAAAAAAAGUAACCCUUUAAUGGCAGUAUAUUUCAUGUUAUAUUUCAUAUACCUACACAAUAGAUGGAGUAUCUUGGCUCUUGGGUACAAGGUAUGAGGUAAUUUGCAAAAAUACAAUGGGAUAGCUGCAGAGACAAAAAAUAUUGACAAGAAAUAUAGAAAUACAGAAAUAUAGGAAUACUCGUUGGGAAUGAAAUACUUAUAUACCAAAGAAUUAUGUACACAAGAAUGACAAAAGAAGCUACAGUUCAGUAGUCAAGGAUGGAAUAAUAAAAGAACGUACAAUCAACAACAGGACUAAAACAACUGAAGAUAGAAGAAGGAGGGAUUCGGAACCAACAACUAUACUAAAAAAAUCACCAUACACAACAAAGAUCUGGUUCACCUCCAACAGACACCUCAUCUUCCUCGUUUUUUCAGAAGGAUCCAACCAUCAACAGGUUGCAAUGGUCCCAGAAAAUACUUCACCAAGAAUCCCCCGGAAAGAGACAGAGAUCCAUUGAGGAAGAAGAAGAAGGAGGAGAAGAACAAACAUACAGAGAGAAACGGAACAAGAGACGAAUGUAG